AUGGCCGCCCUGUCGCUCCCCGUCGCUGGCGCGCUCCGCCGGGCCGCGCCAUGCGCGACUCGCCGCGCGCUCGGGCGCAUCCACGCGACCGUCUCCGCGACCGCCGGCUCCGAUAGGCUGACAAUCACCGCCCCGGACGACUGGCACCUGCACGUGAGGGACGACGCGAAGAUCGCCAGCGUGGUGCCCUUCACCGCGCGGGUCUUCCGCCGCGCGCUCAUCAUGCCGAACCUCGUCCCGCCCGUCCGCACCACGCACGAGGCGGGCACGUACAGGGAAAAGAUCCUCGCGGCGGUCCCCGAGGGCGUGUCGUUCGAGCCGCAGAUGACCCUCUACCUCACCGACAACACCUCGCCCGCCGAGAUCGAGGCGGCCGCCGCGUCCGGGUUCGUGCGCGGUUGCAAGCUCUACCCUGCGGGCGCCACCACAAACUCCGACGCGGGGGUCACGGACGUGAACAAGUGCAUGCCCGCGCUGGAGAAGAUGGCCGAGCUCGGCCUGGUGCUGGAGGUUCACGGCGAGGUGACGCACGGGAGCGUGGACAUGUUCGAUCGCGAGCGCGUCUUCCUCGACGAGGUGCUCUCCAAGCUCGUGGACAAGGUGCCCGGGCUGAAGAUCGUGAUGGAGCACAUCACGACGGAGGACGCGGUGGAAUUUUGCAAGUCGCAGGGAGAUAACGUCGCGGCGACCAUCACGCCCCAGCACAUCCUGCUCAACAGGAACGCCAUGCUCGUGGGCGGGAUCAGGCCCCACCUCUACUGCCUUCCCAUCUUAAAGCGAGAGUCGCAUCGCGUCGCCGUCACCGCGGCGGCGACGGGGGGCGAUAAAAAGUUCUUCCUCGGCACGGAUAGCGCGCCCCACCCCAAGGGCGCCAAGGAAAGCGCGUGUGGAUGCGCCGGGGUGUUCUCCGCGCACGCGGCGCUCCCCUUUUACGCCAUGGCGUUCGAGAAGGAGGGCAAGCUGGGAAAUCUCGAGGCGUUUGCGUCGCACAACGGGGCGGAUUUCUACGGCGUGCCCAGGAACGAGGGGACCGUUACGCUGGUCCGCGAGGCGUGGGAGUGCCCGGGGGAGUACGAGUUCGGCGGUGACGUGGUGGUGCCCUUCAUGGCUGGUCAGGAGAUUCCCUGGCGCGUGGUGGAGGCGUGA